GAUUGGAUGGGACGUGCUGUGUUUCCCUUGCUCGACAGCAGUGUAUACUAGUAAUAUGUAGUCUGCCUGUGGUCAAGAAACCCGAUUCUCGUUACGAGAGUGGACAAGACGCUCUUGAAUUUGGGAGAGGCGGAGCUUUUUUGGCCAGGUGAGUGAACUGUGCGUGAUCUGAAAACGGAUCUGCUUUCCCACGCCUUCCAUUGGUUAGCAAGUUGUGAUUUCUCCACUGAGUCGACUUGACUAACCAUUGUCGAUCACACCUGUGCUGAGACCUCCACGCAACUGAAGACUUCAUGGCGUGCGCUACCGAACACGAUAUGGCCUCAAUGCAAGCCACACUCGACUUCAUCGACGGCUUCGACGUACCACACGCUGACCUCAGUGCUGAGACUGAACUCCUCGAGCUAAUCGACGAUGGAACGGUCCUAAAUGACCUCGACCACAGCUCGAAAGACGACGCCUCUUUUGCCAUGUUGGACAAGUUCAAAUUCGGGUUUCCCACGUGGAACAGCUCCUCGAGUAGCAAUGGAGACGAUGACAGUGGUUUGGACUGUAGAGCUCAGUGUCGUCAAGGGUCUCCCUUCCCAACAAGGCGGCGUCAACGAAAAGGUUCACGUAAAGAGGAACUCGAGGAAUUAAGGACACUAGCGACCAAAUUGGCGAAGAAACUCCAGUUGAUGAAAAGCGCUGCGCUGCAGGAUGUGUCGCCGUACAAGGUUGAGAAUGCUCUAGUAAAGACGCUGUGGAAGGACAUUGCAGUGGGGCAGUUUAUGCUUCGAAGAACAACGGAAGCAAGGAAUGUUAGACUGCGGAAGGAUGUCAUGUCGUACAACAAGACGGCUGCGAAUCUCAAGCGCAUGCUGAAGCGACGAUAUAGCGAAGAGAUGCUCGAGUUAAUGCCGAUUGAGAAGCGAGCACGAAGUCUAGAGUGCAAAACCUCGAGUACCAAUGAACAGAUCUUCAGAGAGCUAUUAGAGACUAUCAACGAUGUCUACACUAGCGUCGAUGCUCUUUUUGUUAACAAAGGCAUGACGAAGCUGCCGUGUCCAAGUCGGGCUCAGAAUGCGCACCCUAAGACCACGAAUGGUCUUUUCAUUGAGUUGAAGGACAAGACUCAAGUCCCAUUCAGCGCUGAUCAGACUGCUAAAGCUGUCUGGAAAGCAAUGUGCGGCCAGAAGACCCGUGACGGCGAUAUUGUCGAUGCUAAGCUCUGUGUUCACGAUACGCAGCAGACUGAGGACACUAUCACGAGCUAUAUGAAUUACACUUGCAAUGCGUCUGGACACGCCUCAUUCGUCCAGGAAAGUGGAGCAGCGCGGAAAUACGUUGAACACGAUCGUGUCUUGUUCAUCUCCAGCAAUUUGGUAGAACCAACUAUUCGAAGCCAUGGCGCUCUGGCGUUGUCUUUUCAAGAAACAGUUGUGACUGUGGUACGAAUGGGCAACACCUUGGCAUCGGGACAGGAAACUGCCGUCAUUGAAAGCUAUCUGUGGGUGGAUCGACGCGACGACGGCAGGGAAAUAGCCCUCAAAUUCCGGGAUGCAGCCUUUGUGGAUAUUGCUAUAGAUGGCUGGAACAAGAAGCUCUCGCUCUACAGUGAACGGAUCGAGAACAUUUUGUUUGACGACGCCUUAAACGUGAUGUAGUUUCUGGCCGGAAGUUCAAAACCAAUUUAAUAACAUGCAGAGUUAUGUCAUCUAUACCUUGUACCAAUUUGCCACCCGGUCAAUAUUUGCCGGUAAGAACGCGAAAAAAAGACUAAAAGGAAGAAAAUGAAAUAAUAACUAUUUGCGGU